AUGCAGCCGAUCGUGGUAUCAGAAGAGAGUCCAGGAUCACCAAACCAGUUUGGCAUCCCUGAUACCAUGUUCCUACAGGAAAGAGCUCUACCAUUUCCUCAGUGCCCUGCCUUAGCCAGAGAUGAAAGCCAAGGAAACCUGCCAGGAGCAAAACAUACAGUGAUGAGCCAGCCUCAAGAGUCAGUGACAUUUGAGGAUGUAGCUGUGAACUUCAGUUAUGAGGAGUGGCAGUGUCUGACCCACACCCAAAGGCACCUCUAUACAGAUGUGAUGUUGGAAAAUUAUGGGAACAUGGUGUCACUUGGAUUUUCAUUUUCUAAACCUCCUUUGAUCUCCCGUCUGGAGCAAGGUACAGAGCCCUAUGUUCAGGAUCGACAGGACUGGGAGUUCCUGAGCUGCUCCUAUCCAGCCGCCAAGACAUGGCCUGAGAAUGAGAAGGCAAGAUCAGAACAGGAGGUUUUUGAAAAUGGAGAAGUGUGCUGGGUGAAAUUUAGAAGUCUCCUAAAAGUUGUUUCCCAGGAUCCAGAGAUUGGAGAAGUUUGUGUACAAGAUGUCGAAUUAGAGAAUCAAUGGGAAAUGCCUGUGAGGGAGCAACGGAGAGAAAAGAAAGAAAGCUGUGAGAAACAUGAAUGUACCCAAUGUGGAAAAAACUUCAGUUGGCAUUCUGACUUAAUUCUCCAUGAGCGAAUUCAUUCUGGUGAGAAACCCUAUGCGUGUAAUGAGUGUGGGAAAGCAUUCAAGACCAAAAAUCAACUUUCCAUGCACCAGAUAAUCCACACAGGGGAGAAACCCUUUAACUGUACCCAGUGUGGGAAGGCCUUCAGUAGUAGAUCCGCUCUUUGCCGACAUAAAAAAACCCACAGUGGGGAGAAGCCACACCCGUGCGGUGACUGUGGGAAGGCCUUCAAGACCAGGUACUGUCUCAGGAUGCAUCAGAUCAUCCACACAGGAGAGAAGCCUUAUGAAUGCAGUGACUGUGGGAAGGCCUUUCACAACGAAGCAGAGCUCACCAAACAUAGAAGAAUCCACACUGAAGAGAAGCCUUACAAGUGUAAGGAGUGUGGGAAAGCCUUUCAUCAUAACUGUAAAUGCCGGGCUCAUGAACGAGGACACACCGGGGAGAAGCCCCAUCGAUGUGGGGAUUGUGGGAAAACUUUCCAAGAUCAGCACUGCCUUACCAUCCAUCAACGAAUCCACACUGGAGAGAAACCUUAUAAAUGUUCAGAGUGUGGUCGAGCUUUCAGUGGGAAAUCAAACUUAACCAAUCAUCAGAGAAUCCACACCGGAGAGAAGCCUUACAGGUGUGAGGUGUGUGGAAAGGUCUUUCAUCAGAGCUCAGUCCUGAGACAGCACAAAAGAAUCCACACGGGUGAGAAGCCAUUUACCUGCCAUGAAUGUGGCACGUCUUUCCGUCAGAGCUCGGCCCUGAUUGGACACAAGCGAGUUCAUACUGGAGAGAAACCUUAUGUAUGUGAGGAGUGUGGAAAAGCUUUCAGAAGAGAAUCCUGUAAAGGGAAGGUGAACAAAAGAGACCGGGUCUCGUCGGAUGUCCGGGCAGAACUGCAGGCACUGCUCGCAGGCGCGGUCCCACCGCCGCCCAGCACGGGGAGUUUGACCUGCUCCGUGUCCGGCCUGGGCCGGGUCCCCCCCUCCUUAGACAACCUGGUACCCCCGGGCUCCCCCGGGAGCCCCAUGUUGGUGCCGGGCCCAGUGCGGACGCCCGCUCUACACAGCGCCGGAGUCCCGAACCCCCGGGCACCCACGAUCCGCCGACCUCAGCCUCCCAAGAAGCUGGGAUUACAGGCGCGCGCCACCGAGCCCGGCGCGGGGAGACGAGGCGCGGCGGGCCUGGAGGCUGAGACCGGCGGCCCUGCAGUGAUGCGCGGCGGGACCCGCCUGUUCCCAGGCUACUCCUGUUCCCAGGCUACUCCCCUGUUCCCAGCCCACUACCCCCUCAAGAUUGCUGGAAGGGUCUCAAGAGACGCAGAAAGCAAGGGCAAAGAUGUGAAUACGCUUCUUUUAUCGUGUUGUCCUGGGAAUCUUUGCAUAAACGGCCGUAAAUUUAUCGGAGGAUGA